UUACCCUGACCUCACGCAUGUAGGAAGGAGGAUAUCCUUACCCUGACCUCACGGAUGCAAGGAAGAACAAAAGAUUACCCUGGCCGAUCGUAACAAAUUCGCGAGUAUUGGGCUGUGUACGCAUCGGUCAGGGUGCAUAACUACUCAUGCUGACUCUCCUUCGCAUUGCGGACUCCUUCGCACUGCUUAAAAAUUGCAGUGCUAUUCCAAAAAGGAUAUAAAAAGGGGUUGCAACCCUAAUUAACGAGAGUUGUCUUAAAACCUUCGUACACAAGAGUUGUUGUAACCAUCGGAAAGUUCAGUUGCUAACCUAAGCUAUCAGUUACGCGUCACACAAGCAAAUAAAGUGUUAUAGUGAAAACCAAUUCAGAUUGCUUCAAUCAUUGUGUCGAAACAACAGUUGAAAAUCAUAACAUCAAACUUUGCAAAAGAUUCGAAAUGGAAACGACAAAUAAGGAGGACAUGUGGUGUGAGGACACCUACGAAGAAGUUGGUACAAACCAAGUUCCAACCAUUCAGUUUCCAAAUAUUCCAAACCUCCAAAUAAUCAAAAUAAUAGGGGAACCACAGCUCAAUUCCACGAACAAUAAUAAUAACCUUGCAGUCGACAUGCAGCCAUGUAAUUCUUCUUGUCAUGCCAACACCGAGAAAUGCGCGGAUCGAGCAAUCCAACCAGAUGAAAUUUGCGGCAAUGAACAAACUAACAAAAGAGCAAAAUUGUCUUCAGAAGCAGAGAUUGCGGAGCUUAGAGCCAAAGUGGAUCGGUUAGAGAAAGAAAAUAAGUAUUUAAAGGAUCUUAUAGACAAUAAACUUGAUAUACUUAUUAGAAAUUCAGCCCGGCAUCGAGAAGCUGUAGAGGAGUUAGUCGCUGUAAGUUGUCCUAGGCAAGGUCUACUUUCUAGGAACGAAUUUGAGCUAGCCAAGCUUAAUACAAAAGAAGAAUUAGAUACCUUUGAGCAAUCGAUUAGCACUGACCCAUCAUUUAAAGAAAAUGUAGUUAGGUAUUUGCAGAGGCAAAUAACAGUCGCAGAUGUAGACAGUCGAUUACAUGGAGCGCUUGAUUUCCUUUUUACUCGACCAUUUUUUGCCACAAUCAGUUGGACUGGAAAAAGUAAGCCGGGAUCAACGAAGAUAGAGUUCAGGAAGUGUGAAGGCAUACUUCUUCUGUUAAAAGAAAUAGGAAGUAAUGCGAGAGUUUUAGCAACUCCCAAAUACGUUGCAGAUUUUAUAAAAAUUCGUCUUAAGCACGCUCCGUCUCGAGCUAACCUUUCUCCUACCAAACACACUUCUCUUCAUAAAAAAAGAAAUUAAUUCAUUAAUCAUUAAGUACUUAUCAUGUAGACUACCACCGAAAUAAAUGAUAUCUCUCUGAAAAAUUAUUA